AUGUGUUUUCCCGCCCUCUGCGUCAUUGGCUGCCUGACUGAUUGAUCUCAGUUAGCAAUGGGAGCUUACAUCAGCUGGCGGCGGAGGCUUUGACAGGAAGGAUUUGGCUGCUUUGGAGUCCAGUUGGCAGAUAUGGUGAGGCACGGCGUGAUGUCGGAGCUGCAAACCAUCCAGCAUCCUCAUCAGGGUAACCCCUUGGCUGUGGGCCAAGUAGGACAAACCUGUGCCAGAAUCCAAAACAAUGGGAACAUCACGGAAGAACCGCAGCCCCUCUCGCAGGAUACAGCAGAGAUUGAGAAAAGUCAGCCAGUGAACAUCCCAGAUUUUUCCAAAAGGAGAAAGAAGAAACGGACUAGAGCAACAGACAGCUUCACAGGCACCUUUAAUGAUCUGUACAAACUGACAGAUGAGGUGCUUGGUCAGGGGGCAUAUGCUAAAGUUCAAGGAUGUGUGAGCCUGCAAAAUGGACAGGAGUUUGCUGUGAAAAUCAUAGAAAAGGCCGCGGGGCACAGCCGAAGCAGAGUAUUUCGAGAGGUGGAGACUCUCUAUCAGUGUCAAGGAAACAAAAACAUCUUGGAACUGAUCCAGUUCUUUGAAGACAGCUCGUACUUUUACUUGGUGUUUGAAAAGCUGCGUGGAGGCACCAUUCUUACACACAUCCAGAACCGAAAGCACUUUAAUGAACUGGAGGCCAGCAAGGUAGUCCGGGACAUUGCGCAAGCUUUGGACUUUCUACACACAAAGGGAAUCGCUCAUAGGGACCUCAAGCUGGAAAACAUCCUGUGCGAAUACACUGACCGGGUGUCACCAGUAAAAAUCUGCGACUUUGAUCUGGGAAGUGGAGUGAAGCUCAGCAGUGCCUGUACUCCCAUAACGACGCCAGAGCUCACCACGCCGUGCGGCUCAGCCGAGUACAUGGCUCCAGAAGUAGUGGAGGCGUUCACCGACGAGGCCUCCUUCUACGACAAGCGCUGUGAUCUGUGGAGCCUUGGCGUCAUCCUCUACAUCCUGCUGAGUGGAAGCCCCCCGUUCACAGGCCGUUGUGGCACUGACUGCGGGUGGGACCGGGGGGAAGCAUGCAGAGCGUGCCAGAGUUGCCUGUUUGAGAGCAUCCAGGAGGGCAAGUACGAGUUUCCAGACAAGGACUGGGCUCACAUCACAGACGGAGCCAAGGAUCUCAUAUCAAAGCUGCUGGUUCAGGACUCCACUCUGCGCCUCAGCGCUGCUCAGGUCCUGCAGCAUCCUUGGCUACAGGGGAAUGCACCAGAGAGAGGUCUUCCAACUCCUCGCGUCCUACAGAGGAACAGCAGCACCAAGGACCUGACCCAGUUUGCAGCAGAAGCCAUCGCCUUUAACCGGCAGCUCUCCCAGCACGACGAGCAGCAGGAGGACUCGGCGUCCAUCGUCUGCUCCAUGAGGCUGUCCCCUCCUUCCAAGUCCCGGCUGGCCCGCAGAAGGGCCCAGUCCAACGCUCUGCGCAGCGGGGACUUCUCUCCUGUUUCUGAUGACCUCGCAGCCUGAGCCACCAGCGCAACCUCCCUUCUGGUUGUCUUCACUAACCGAUAUCAGAUUAGUGAUAUCAGUUAGUGAUACCGAUAUCGGUAUCACUGGUUUUGUUUUGUUUUGUUUCUUCUUUUGCACAGGGAGUCUUACAUGAGCACUCGCAUGGCAUCAGAGUUGACUUAACUCUUCUUCCAACACAUUUUAAGCUGCCUAGGUUUUAAACUCUCUCAAGAUCACUUUUCUUCUUUUUUUUUUUUUUCUUUUUUAAAGUAUUUCUUAAGCUUUACAGAUGUAUUUAUUGGUAAUUCUCAACCAAAAAGUCAACAACUAAACCUCUGUUGUUACCAGCAGAUAAUUCAAGGACAUAUCAUUACCAAAACGGCGUUUUAGAGGUGCAGUUGUUUACUGCCCUCGUGCAAAAGUCAUUUUGUGUUUGCUGAUUUUAUUUCUCUCUUUUAUUUUUUUUUUAUUUUUUUUUUAGCUGUGAAUUAUUCGGUAUUUUGAUUUUAUUUUUAAGCUUCUGGAAAGGGAUGAUUUGUGCUUCUUAAAGCCCAUAUGUGGAUGCGAUCGCGUGUUUGUGUUUUUAUUUGGAAGUGGACGGUGUUUGGAGAAAACUGGACCUUUUCUUAGUAUUACCAGUUAAUGUCAUUGUGUGUAAUUGCAUGAGUGUGAAAUUCAGGUGCUAGAAUUAAGGAUCUUUUCACUGCAACACAACCUACCUGUAGCACUGAUGUACUUUAAAAUGAACUUAGUUUGAGUGAAUGCAAGAGAAGCCCAUUUGUGCCACUUCAAAGAAAACUAAACUCACAGUCACUAUUUAUUAGCGUUAAAGUUAUAACUGUGAGGUAAUAAUAAUCAUUAAAUACAAUGUAUGUUUAAAGUCAAAUCAAUUAAAUAUACAUUUAUAAAAGGUAACAAAUGGAUUAUUAUUAUUUUUGAGAUAAGCAAUUUUAUUGUUUUUCAUUCCGUUUUUAUUUUGUUUUACAACACCAACGUUUGUUUAAAUGCAAUAAGUUUAUUAUAAGUCCAGGUACGAAGUCAAAGUUAUGGUUAUCUACCUCAUAACGUUUUUAAUGUGAAUUAUAGCUUAUUUUAUAAAACUUCACUAAGAAUUGGGACUUCAAAUUUCAUAAUUUGAAUUCAAAAUCAUCACUAAUAUAUUUACAACCUAUAAUUUGAGUAUUGAAAGUCGUAGCUAUGACUCGGUUUCUUUGAAGUUGUCUGAAUGGGCUUCCAUGGUACGAGGAGAAUAUAAUGUGUGCAGAGCAUUAUUAUUUUCUUAAUUUUUCUAUCCUCCAGAUAGGUUUUGUUUUGCUGUAAAAAAGAAAUAAAUGAAACACCACAACAAAUAUUGAUUUAUUUUUUCUGGUCUCGGUUGUUUAGUAUAUUUGGAGUGUUUUUUUGUUUUUGUUUUUUUUUUGUAGACUUGAGCUGUGAUUCUUGCUCUUAAAGUUGUAGAUAGUUGUGACAGCCAAAGGGAUUUAUUUUCAUGUUAUAUUUGAUAGUAAGAAAUUAGCCUAAAGUAAUUGAAGGGAUUUAUUUUUGUAAGUGUAUUUUGUUUAGUUUUGUAUCCGGUAAUGUGAACAUGGAAGAAAAGGGAAUUGAGCAAGCUGACGUUUGUCUCAUGAAUCUAAAAAAUGUUUUGACUUCAUUUUGUUUUCGGUUCAUGUUCGGUCUUCGGUAUCCACCUGAACUUCUUUUAACCCUUUUAAAUUUACGUGCCGCCCUCAAACAGAACCCCUCCUCUCCCCGUAUCUCGCACUGUUGCCAUGGUGACCCCAUCUAUUCAGCAACUGAGAGCUUUCAUUGUCAAGCAGGAAUUAAGAGAGAUUUGCUCUGAGAUGACAUCAGGAAACAAUUACUUGCCAUGUUAAAACCCUCGCUCUUGUUUUUAUGAAUCAUAAAAAGAACCUCUCCCCUCCUCAUGCCUGGUUGUAAUGGCAUCAAAUGAGAUGCAGUAAUGGGUUCGCAAUUAAGGAGCCCUGCAGAGCUUUGAUAUAGGACCUGAUGAGCAAAGCUGUUCUUGUGCAUGGAGCAGAUUUCCUCUGGGAUGCUGUGUUCUCAAUAAAAAAUGUUGAAAUAUCA